AUGGGAAUUACGUUCAAUUAUAGAAAUGAUGAGAUUGUUUCAUCACCCACAGUAAUUGUCAGCGGUAGAACAUCUACUGGGAUAGAUCAGGGAUUGAUCUCUUUCACAAACAACAAUAACAAGGUCUUCCCUCCGUUAUAUUUUGAAGUCAAUAACAAUGGGAAUUUUAAAGCGGUGAUACAUGUGGCACCGGGUGAACCAAAUGUAUUCAAAGUUGAAGUUUAUGAUAAUGGGUAUAUUGCUGGCCAUGGAUUUCCCGAAUACCGUGGAACCCCUCGUGUUCUCGAUUCAAGAAGUUUGACAUUGGUAUUUAACCCCUUGCCUGACAAUAAGGUUGUGCAUUUGUGUUUGAUUAAAGGAAGAGAUUCCAAUGGCAGCUUUGAUAUGCCUGGUUAUAAAUUGAAUGCAGGAGAGAGGCCUUCUGUGGAAUUGGCUAUUAAGAAGUUGAAAGUUGGAGCAAGAUUGAUGCAGGCAUUUACACAAGAAGAAAUGAGAAUUAAUGGGUUUAGUAAUAGAUGUUUCCAAUUUGCUGAAGAGAUAACUAAUGAUCAAAGUAUAUUUGGGUAUAAUGUUAAGUCGCCUACUCCUCAUGCUGAAGUUAAAAUUCAUGUCUUGACUUCCCCUUUGUCUGUGGCUGAAUUAAGGGAUCCGAACAAAGCCCAGCAGAACCCAAAUGCUUCCGAUUCUGGUUUCACGUUUAGUCACGCAAUUGAUUUAGUCAAGCAAUGUCCCGACAUUAAAGAAGGUGGAACCAGUGUACAAGCUGCAUGCAUAUACCUUGAUUCAACGUACGAUACCAAGAAUGACUUGAUUUUAACCCAUGCUGCACUUGGAGGUGGAACUGAUGAAGUAGCUAUGGCAGUUUUCGGAUCUCAUGGAUUGCAUUCAUGGGCUAAUAAUUUUGCCAGAGUCACACCUUGUUUCCUUGACGACACUCAGUUAAGUAAACGCGAAGUUGCUAAUGAUUGUGAUGAGUGCGGCACCAGUUGGGAGUGUUAUAAUAUUACUCUUGGUGCAUUCAUGCAUGAAAUUGGUCAUCUGUUGGGAUGUCCUCAUCAAGUCGAUGGAGUCAUGUUGCGUGAUUACGUCUGGCUCAAUAGAAGCUUCAUGACUAGGGAGUUGCAGUGUCUUCGAAGAAAUACCAAAGGUGCAGUUAUCGGAACAAAUGGUAAAUGGGAUAAAGAGUGUCAUUGGAAUAGACUUGAUUUAAUGAGAUUUUUGUAUCAUGAUUCAUUUGGGUUGCCAAUCGACCAGUUUGAAAAGUUAUAUACUACUACGAAAAGAAAUGACGAUGACUACAAUGGAUUGUCGGCACCAUCCAAGUAUGCAUUGUCCAAAGAUGAAAUUGUUGUCAAGAGUAGAGGUGGGAUCUUCUUGGUUGAAAUAAUCACCAAAGAUUUAGCCAGGUAUUCUCGAGAAUUCUUUCCCCCGUUUUAUGGAGGUCGAGGAUUGCCCACUGAAUUAAAGAUAAAUUACAACGAAUACUUGAAUGAAUUGCGCCGUGCAUCAAAAGAUUCUGAUGAUAAAUAUGAUGUUCGUAUCUUAACUACUGCCGGGGAUCUCUAUAUAAGUAAUUUCAAAGAAGAUUUGACCAGACAUGGUGAGAUUAUUAGAAGCGAUUUUGGAUUGAAUCGUGGUCAACUUGAAGGCAUCAAAGGUGAAUUGUUAGGGCAGAGCAAAGAUCAUGAAAUGCAUUAUGUUGGAUUUAAUAUUGACUCCGUAUAUAAGGUGAGGGUAUACAGUGGUAUGGCUUUAGAUGGGUUUCGAUUCUAUUUUAAGAGUGGCGGUUCUCAACUUAGUGCUGCUCCAAAAGUUCCUCCUAGGAAUUAUUUGAAAAGGUUCCAAGAAGUCCUUACGUUGAGUGAUUCAAGUGGAGGAGACGACCAAACAGCAUUGGUUGGCAAUGAAAAACAAAAUUAUAGUGAAUAUUUAGUUCCUUCUGGCGAAGUUAUCGCUAAGUUCCAUGUCAGAAAUGGUGCUUGGGUGGAUGGGAUUGGAUUUGAAACCAACAAAGGCACAUUAUCACCUAUUUACGGUAAUUCCAAUGGUGGACAUUUAUCCAUUGUCGAAACACCAAGUCAUGAUUUUAAAAUUGUGGGGAUUUAUAGUUAUAUGGGAGGUUGGAUUGACGGGAUGGGGGUAAUUUAUGCUAAAAAUUGA